AUUGCGCGUUCAAACUCACCCCUUCCCGACGCCCUCGCCCAAGGGCGCACGCGAACCACCGAGCCGCAGUCCUCCGGAGUUUCUAGAGGGGCUCGUCCGCCCUCGUUUCCGGCGUGCGCGCAGUGGGAGGACUUCCCGCUUUGUCCCUGGCGGCGCUGUGACCUGCGGAGCGGAGGGGCUCCCUGAAGAUCUGUAAUUCAGAAGAAAUUCCUCAGAUUUACCUCUUCUCUGCCUCAGCUUGAUCACCCCUUUAGACUGUUUUUACCAAGGAUGUCUGGAGUGGCCACAGCCUUGGCCAGCCAUGCUCCAGAAGAACAAGAUGGACUUAACAUUGUGAAGGUCAAAGAAGAGAAUGAUGUUUGGAGAAAGGACUCUGGUCUACAGGGAGAGCCCAGGAGCCAGGAGGUCUUCCGCCAGCGUUUUAGACAGUUUGGUUACUCAGACUUCACUGGACCCAGGGAGGCUCUGAACCACCUACAAGAGCUUUGCCAUUGCUGGCUGAGACCAGAGGAGCGCUCCAAGGAACAAAUCCUGGAGUUGGUAGUGCUGGAGCAGUUCCUGAGCAUUCUGCCGAAAGAGCUUCAGGCCUGGGUGCAAGAGCACAGGCCAGGGAAUGGAGAGGAGGCCGUGACACUACUGGAGGAGCUGGAGAGAGAAUUCGAUGAAGUGCGCCAGCAGGACACAGCUCAAGUCCAAGAAAUGAUCUGCAAGGAAAUGACACCUGAGGGAGUACUGACGUCUCUGAAUAACCCACUGCAGUCCAUGGAGAACCAUUGCAGGAGUGAACCCCAGGAGCCUCAGGUGUUCCAUGAGAGAGAUUGCAAGAUUGUGGCUGAGGAAGUACCAUCAACAAAGCAAGAAGUAGUUGAAUGUGUAGCCUCAGUGGCCAUGGUUUCUCCAGGAAGUCUUCAUGGAGAGCCUCAUUCAGGACAUGUAAUGGAGGAAGCUCUGGAAGGUCUGGACAACUGUGAGAAGCAAAGUGGAAGCACUCCAAGCAGCACAAUGAGUCCAGUUUCUUCUCAGGAAGGACAUUUUAGUCUGGUAACCUUGAACAAGAAAACUACAGAACAGAGCAUCUUUGAAUGUAAUGAAAGUGAAGGAAUUCUAAAUGUGAAGUUAAAUGAUAAUACGCGGCAGAGAAUCCGAGGGAAAAUGCUCUAUGAAUGCUUGGAUUGUGGGAAAACCUUUUGCCAUAGGUCAAAGCUGAUUAGACAUCGGAGAAGUCAUACUGGAGAGAGACCUUAUGCAUGUAAAGAAUGUGGCAGAGCCUUUAGUUUCAGGGCAGACCUUGUUAGACAUCUAAGAAUUCACAGUGGUGAAAAGCCCUAUAAGUGUUGUGACUGUGAAAAAGCUUUCAGGGGAAGCUCAGAGCUCAUUAGGCAUAGGAGAAUUCAUACUGGAGAGAGACCUUAUGGUUGCAGUGAGUGUGGGAAAGCCUUUAGCCAGAGCUCAGCCCUUAUUCAACAUAAGAAGAUUCACACUGGAGACAGGGGCUAUGGAUGUACUAAAUGUGGUAAGGCUUUUGGUAGAAGUUCAAUUCUUAUUGAACAUCAAAGAAUCCACACUGGAGAAAAACCUUUUGAAUGUAACGAGUGUGAAAAGUCCUUCAAUCAAAGCUCAGCCCUCACCCAGCACCAGAGAAUCCAUACUGGGGAGAAGCCUUAUGAAUGUGAUGAAUGUAAGAAAAUAUUCAGGCACAGGUCUGGCCUUAUGCAGCAUCUGAGAACACACACUAGAGUUCAGCUUUGUGGGUAAGAGCUGUGCACCUUGGCUGCAAGGAAAGAGAAGAUGGAAGUUUCUGAGAGUGGGAUUUCUGUUCUUCCAGCCCACUUAAGUCCUGUAAGAGAUCCAUUUGGUGAUUGAAGAACAUUCUUAUCUAGGUCUUGUCCAGAAAGAAUGGCUGGUAUUUUGUAGAAAUGCCUAACUCAUUUUUGGACGAGGGUACUUAUCAGUGCUCCCUUUAUUUCUCUCUCCAUCCAUCCAGAUGGACCUGCCAUAGAGCACCUCAUAUAAGUCCACAAUUGGGGCAGGGAUCCUGAAAAUGCUCUUUACAAGUUGGCAAGGAUGCUUGCCCAACAAGAGCCUUUGUGCUUCUGGCUGGUAGCAGCAUGUGUUAAAAGUUUCUGAGCCGUCUGAAACGUGUUGUGGGGCUGUAAAAUACUAAUAUUUUAGAUCCCUUUUGUAGUGUCUGAGGAAUCAAAGCUCAUUUUAUUCCCUUGCCAGGUCUCCCUUCAAUCUUGGGCUUCCUGCUGAAGUCAGUUCAGGUCUAACAACUGGGUGCUGGCUGUAUUCACACAAUUACUAACCAAGUCAUUAUGGUAAAGUGUGGCAAGUGUUUUCCCAGGAUAAAUCCAGGGUUCUGAAGUACAUGGCAGAGGUACUUACGUAUGAGUUACUAUGACUUUCUACAUGUGCUCCCUUGAGCCAUAAAACAUCAAGUUAGUCAGGUCAAGGACAGACGAGCAGGUGUUAUAGCAUACACAUUGCAUGAAGAUUAGGAUUUGGAGAUAUCCUUGUACCAUGAUUUCACUCCAGCAGAAUUUAGCUAUCUUGGAUCCUGGCUCAAAAGCCAUGUUGGCUGGAUGUGAUGGAACAUGCCUUUAAUCCCAGCCCUUGGGAGGCAGAGGUAGCAGGAUCCAUGCAGGGCCACCCUGGGAUUACAUAGUGAAUUCCAGGUCACACUGGGCUAGAGCAAGACCCUAUCUCGAAAACAACAACAAAAAAGCCAUUAAUGGUUUCUUCGUAUUAAUAUUCAAAGAGUUGGAUAGCUUAUCUCAGAUUGAAGUGACCUACAAGAUCUUGAAGUAUUCAGAAUUGGUAUGGGAGAAAGCUGCAUUUAUUCUAAGGAAAAAAUACACUGGAGUCUGAGGGACAGUGGUAUCUGAAACAUUUGUAUCUCAUGGUCCUAGGAAAUGGGAAGCGUAUAGGAACACAGCAAUGUAAGGUCACAGGCUUAUUCCCAUUUCUUGCUCCUUCCUCAGCACCAGGUUUGCAGAUCUUAAAACCACUUGAGAGCAGUUUCUUGAAUUAACCCCUCAUUAUAUACAAACUACUUGCCUAAUUUUACUUUGGCAGUUGUAACCCACAAUUACUGAGGUUCAUUUUUAAUAUGAGAAUGUCAUUUUUAAAGAUUUGGUGACUAACGGCUAUUUUGGAUUAUAGGAAAGAUAAAUUUGGGGCUAUAUUUUUUGUUUCCAAGGCUUGUGCAGUUGAGCAAGAUAAGUCAUAAUUUUAAAGGGAUCCUUCCAAUGGAUAGUUGCCUUUUCCUAUUGAUUUAAUGUUUUAAAUAUCAUUUAAUAGCUUAUUGUGAACUAGUUGUGAAUGUUGGUAAUAAAGUAUAAAUCAUCCACACACUCAUUACCCACAGAAACAUUGAA